UUCAAGCAUCUGACCUCUUUGUGAUUUUUUCAAUGUCUAUCCUAAACUAGUCAUUAUUAAUUGCAGAAUGUACGCUGCUUGUUAUCAAUGGAGGGUAUCAACAUCAAUGCUACAAACAAGGCUGGAGAGACUCCUCUUGAUGUUGCAGAAAAAUUUGGAAGUCCAGAACUUGUCUCCACAUUGAGGGAUGCUGGGGCUGCCAAUUCUACUGAUCAAAGGAAACCUCCAAAUGCAUCAAAGCAACUCAAGCAGACUGUCAGUGACAUAAAGCAUGAUGUACAAUCCCAACUCCAGCAGACACGUCAGACUGACAUGAGGGUCCAGAAAAUUGCAAAGAAGCUGAAAAAGCUCCACAUUAGUGGGCUGAACAACGCGAUAACCUCUGCUACUGUUGUUGCCGUUCUUAUUGCUACAGUUGCUUUUGCAGCCAUCUUCACAGUCCCCGGUCAAUACGUUGAAGGCAAAACACAUGGAUUUUCACUUGGACAAGCAAAUAUAGCAAACAAUGCAGCUUUCCUAAUAUUUUUUGUGUUUGACAGCCUGGCAUUGUUCAUCUCUCUGGCAGUAGUGGUGGUUCAAACUUUUGUCGUUGUGAUUGAGCAAAAGGCAAAGAAGCAGCUUGUUUUUGUCAUUAACAAGCUCAUGUGGAUGGCUUGCCUUUUCGUUUCCAUUGCCUUCAUUCCUCUUACAUACGUCGUGGUGGGAUCACACUCCAAAUGGCUUGCAAUAUAUGCUACAGUGAUUGGAAGCUUGAUAAUGCUCUCUACAAUUGGCUCCAUGUGCUAUUGUGUAAUUUUGCACAGGAAGGAGGAGACAAAAUUGAGAGCCGAGAGCCGUGAUGCUGCAAUUUAG